AUGGAUACCCUAAUGAGUAGCCUCCCUCGGGAGGUGAGCGCCGUUCUAAACGACAACUUCGUUAUCGUUCAGGCAAUAGCCAUGUUCUCCAUCGGCGCAUGGAACUCAUUGGAAGUGGUGAUCAAUAUAUUUGAACGCUUCAAAACAUAUCGCGGGCUAUACUUCUGGAGCAUGCAAGUUGCCGCCUGGGGAAUACUACUUCAUUCCAUAGUAGCCCAAGCCCGCUACACUCGGACAACCCCUAGCCUUCCGUUGGAGAUCCCAUUCAUCAUCGGCUGGAUGUGCAUGGUGACCGGCCAGGCAGUAGUGCUUUACUCCCGAUUGCAUCUCGUUGUCCACGACGUCCGGCACAUCCGGUGGGUUCUCUGGAUGAUCAUAUCGAAUUUCUUCAUCCUCCACGUCCCAAUGAUAGUACUAUUUUUCAACCUCAACCACACAGAAUUCAAACAACCAGCCUUCAUCUACGACCGCUUCCAAGUCGUCGGCUUCGCCAUCCAAGACACAGUCAUCUGUGCGAUCUACGUGCACGAAGCCCUGCAAGCACUCAAACCCGUCUUCGAAUCCAAAGGCAUCCAAGGCCGAAGAAUCAUCUACCGUAUCAUCCUCGUCAACCUCUUCGGCAUCCUCCUUGACGCCUGCAUCAUCAUCGUCGAAUUCAGACUGCAUUACAUCGCCAUCAGCUUCAAGACCGUCGCUUACAGCGUCAAGCUGAAACUCGAGUUCCACGCUCUCACGCAGCUCCGCGAGCUGACACGCACAUACCCGUGCACGCUAUGCCAAGGCCAUGAGGGUGUUCCUCGUGGUUCAACCGAUAUCAACCUCUUUGAUAUGCUGGAUAGGCCCACGCCGCAGGAUAGCGAGGCCCUGGGCGUGACUAGCUUUGGGGGUACCGUGAGCCCGGGCGCUGUGCGCUCGGAACGCAGCAGUACACAUGGGUUUCACGAUGCAAUGCGCCAGACGAGCUCGACUGCGGGCUCUGUUGGAACUCAAGGGGAUUAUCGGUCUCGGAUCCGAUCGAUCGAUACACGGUCUACGGUUGAGAUGACAUUGUUUGAGUCGCCGAAGUAA